AUGGAUUCUUUACUCCUCAAUGAAAUUGAAGCCACUGAAGAAGAUAUCAGGUUGGUUAAAAGAAUUAGGAUUGGUACUUCGAAUGUGGAAGAGACUGCUGCUAUGGAAUCUACAUCACCAAAUGCAAAUAAUGAUACCAACAUGGCUAGCCAGACAACUCACAGAGUCACAGUGAAAAAUAACUAUUCAACUUGCACAAAUUUGGGGAAUCAGUUGUACAAAGUGAUCCAAGUCAACAAGAAUGGAGAUCUGAAUUUUCACUUGAAUGAUAAUACUUAUUCUUCUACUUCUUCUUCUUCUUCAGGUGAUGGCUUAGUCAACUCCAUAAUUCAACAAGCUGGUCUGGAGGACAUGGGAUUCAUUGUAAGAGAACAUACCUGGUCUAGUAAUAACAAAGGAACUGGCAGUAGAAGAUCAAGAAUUGAUAUGGCCUUAGUUAAUGCACACUGGAGUAACCAAUUGCAGGAUUCAAAAUUACUUCACCUAAGUCAAAAUGGAAGUGAUCACUGUCCCAUAAUGCUUGUUACUGAUUACUCUCAACCCAAAUUAUGGAAACCUUUCAAGUUUUUCUGUAUUUGGCUUCAAGACAGAAUGUGUAAGGAGGAAAUUACAAAAGCCUGGGACAUAUCUGUUCAAGGCUCAGCAGCUCAUAAAUUUACUAUGAGACUUCAUUUUACAAGAAGGGCUCUCUCAAAAUGGAAUAAGGAACAUUUUGGAGAUAUCAACAAGAAUGUGGAUAAUUUUCAACAACAGCUAGAUGAGAUACAAGCACAGCCUUUCUCAAGAGAAAACACUGCUAAAGCUGAAGAAAUAUCUAAAGAAUUAGAUAAAUGGCACCAGAUUCAAAAUGAUUUUAAUAAGAAAAAAUCAAGGGAUAACUUCAUCAAAUAA